CAGAUUUUGGGACUUGUUUUAGAAGACAGGUUUGGGUUUAAGAAACGGCCCCAAAACCCAAACUCUGCAGCUUCUUCUCGGCCUCCUUUGUGACUCUCAACUCUUGUCGUCUUUUUUCUCCUUGCAGCUUCAAAAGGUUUGGGAUUCGUAAAUUGGUUUGGAUAUUUGAAAUGAAGUUGUAUCAAAGCAAUGGAGAUGAAUGGCGAUGAAGGCUCUUGACAGUGACAGUGAGUUCGGGGACAAUGGCGAUUUCAACAGCAAUGAGUUGAAUAUGGAGCAGGAAGAGGAUGACUUUGAUGAUGAGCACGACGGCGAGGAGAAGGAAGAAGAAUCAGAAAAUGAGGAAGAAGAUGGAGAAGAAGUUGGGGAAGAGGAAAAUGGCGAUGGGCAAAAUGAUAAUAAAGAUGCCGAGAUGGAAGAACUCGAGAAAAAAUACAUGAACCUUCGUCAUCAGGAGCAGUAAGAGACUUCUCUUCACAAUCCUUUUAUUUUUAAAGAAAGAUCUUCUUAAAGGUCAAGCAGUGAAGAACCAAAGGGUACGUUGUUCAAAAUAAUAACUCUUGUAAUAUCCAUGAAAUAGGUUUUGUUUUUCAACAUCAAAUUAUUGCUCCUUGUUUAAAGCUUCUUUUUAUGCCAAUCCUUAAAGUUGAAAAAAAUUAUUUAUAUAGUGAAUUAUUGUCUGAUCGAUGUUUAUUGAGUUCAGAUUCUUGCUUCAGAAAGCAUUCUCAAGUUCACAUGGAAUCAUGGAUUAGAUUUUGUGUUUGUAGUUUUUAAUAACCGUUUAAAUUCUCAUAAUGUGUGUUUAGCUUAUAACUGUACUAUUAGCUGAGAUAGAGUUUAAUUUUAUCAAAUCAAACUUUAAGGAAAUGCUUCAAGUUUCCUCGAUUUCAUAUGAUUGUGAGGGUUCCCCAAAUUUGAAAAGUUCCGCUACAACAGUUACUAUAAUUAGUCAGAUUAAGCUGGUACUAAGUUAUCAUUAAGAGUGUAAGAGUGUUAAUCAAGAAGAAUGGAUUGAGCUCAGCCUUGCCUAAGCUUAUCCCAAAACACAAAGCAUCGAGGUUGAGCUUGGACCGACUUAAUUGUUAACGUAAAUCUUCUCACAUCAGCUUUGGGUCUGCUGAAUUGUAGUGAAGUCUGUGCUUAGUUCUCAUUGAGGUCACGCCAGUCCCAACUUUAAGGAACUAAGUCUGAGCCAUGAGAUCAUUCAAACAAUCUGCAUCUGCAGCUAUGGAAGUCAAUGACGUUGUAUUGUCUCUGCUUAUGGUAGUCUUGGAACCUAAUCAAUCCCGAACUUCUAUUCUUCAAGUUUUUAUGUUUUUGUAACAUUAAAAAUGGAACAAGCUAGCAGUUAUUCCUGCUAACAAUCACAACCUAAUUGAUCCUGAACUUCUAUUGUUUAUUAAUUCUGAUUUUUCACUAUUUGAUUAUCCUCUGAGACAUCAUUUUAUUCCUUGAAAAGGUUGCAUGCUAAGAAGAAGAAAAUUGUUUCUAAUAGUUGCAAGAUAAGGUAUCAAUAGAUUCUUCGGUUCCCUAUGUGAAACUGCUGUGAUUUUGUUUUGGAAUUUCUUGGAGCAUAUGUUGAGCAAACUUGGCUAGAUUGUUUAAGGCUUAUUGCAUUAAGCUUUUGCCAGUAUAAUGUUUAUGAUAAGAUAGUAAAUUUCAUGGCUCCACAGACCAUGGUCAUUUCUCCUAUGCUUUCUGACCUCAAUAAUUUGUUCGGGUUGAAGAAGCAGAAACCAGCUUCCGUAGUGUAGUAGCGAUGCAAGGCUGAAUCAGCUGUAUAGUCCUUGAAUCUCAGGCUAAGAAAUUGUCUGCUGUUAAUUUAUUUGAUGUAUUAUUCAAUAUAAUAUCUGUUGCACUGAUAUUUAUGUAAUUUACACAAUUUUUCAAUGGAAGCCGAGUCUUUAAGAUGUAUGAUUUUGUUGUAAAUGACAAUUAAUAUCUGUAAAUUUGACAUUUACAGAAAUAUUUUCCCCCAAUUCGAUGAAUUGAUUCU